ACACCCUGUGCCUCUCAGGGUCCCUGGGUCCUGUUGCAGUUAUCAUAUGCCUCGCCUUUAACCUAAAUGACCCUGGGAAGUGGCUGCUAUGGAAGGAUUUACUGAAUGCAAAAUGGACUUUCUUCCCUGCUCUUUGGGGCAAAGCUGGCUCAGAGAUUCUUAGCUGCAGGGGGAGGGGCUGGCAGGCCUGAACUGCAGUUGGACUUAGCAGCCAGGGGUUUUCUGGUUUUCAUUAAAAUUCUCUGGCUGUCUUUCGGGAUAGCUCCAUUGGAUAUGACUGUGCACUGGAGCCGGUUGUGCUGCUCUCUCAGCUAUACACACCCAUCAAAUCACAGUGCCCCUGAGGACGAGAGAAAAUUGAAGCUGUGUAAAUGAGUAUGGAAGAUUAUGAUUUCCUGUUCAAAAUUGUUUUAAUUGGCAACGCUGGUGUGGGGAAGACGUGCCUCGUCCGAAGAUUCACACAGGGUCUUUUCCCCCCAGGUCAAGGAGCCACAAUUGGAGUUGAUUUUAUGAUUAAGACAGUGGAGAUUAAUGGUGAAAAAGUAAAGCUACAGAUCUGGGACACAGCAGGUCAAGAGAGAUUUCGGUCCAUUACCCAGAGUUAUUACCGAAGCGCCAAUGCCUUGAUCCUCACCUAUGACAUUACCUGUGAGGAAUCCUUCCGCUGCCUUCCUGAGUGGCUGCGGGAGAUAGAACAAUAUGCCAGCAACAAGGUCAUCACUGUGUUAGUGGGCAACAAGAUUGACCUGGCAGAAAGGAGAGAGGUUUCCCAGCAGCGAGCUGAAGAAUUCUCAGAAGCUCAGGACAUGUAUUAUCUGGAGACCUCAGCCAAGGAAUCUGAUAAUGUGGAGAAACUCUUCCUUGACUUAGCAUGCCGACUCAUCAGUGAAGCCAGACAGAACACACUUGUGAACAAUGUAUCCUCACCCUUACCUGGAGAAGGGAAAAGCAUCAGCUAUUUGACUUGUUGUAAUUUCAACUAAAGGCUGAGGCACGGAGAAGAAAAGGAAUCAGCAGCUGCCCUGAUGGGCCAUGAGAUGCUGGGGAGAUCUGGCGAUGACUGUGGCUCCCACUCCCUGACCUUCUGACUCCUGUGGGCUCCUGAGCUUACAAAGCAUGGCAGGCCAAGGGCCUCGACCACAGGCCAGCAUUAGCAGAACAUAUAAUGGUUUCACCCUUUUCCAGUCUGGAGUUGGAGCAAGGAGAAAAUUGCACUGGGCACUCCACGAUCUGCAGAGCAUGUUGCUUUUGUUUUUUUAAAAAGCAAGUAAAAGCGCAUUCCUGAACAGAGUCCAGGGGGAAAUGUACUGUGGGGUUCCCUCCUGCACAUCAGUGGGUGCAUGUGGGAGCUGUUCUUUAGGGCUUCGGUGGUAAUCAUCUGGGGGACCUGGUUUUCUUGUCUACCAGAUAAACCAAAACUGGGAACGCCAAGUACAGUCUCUGUGGUGCGUAUUGACAACCCCAUGGAGAUUUUGAAAAGUGUUAUUUCUCUUGUCCACAGGCACUUUCAAGAACUUUGGGAUGUAAAAAUUAAAUGAAACCUUUACCCAUGACCAACAGUAACAAUCAUUGUUUUAAUAAUAUAUACAAGCUCCAUAACUCCUUUUGGUGCUAAUGAUUCCACUAUUUCACAGACCAAACAUUUUAGUACAUUAAUGUCCUUAAAUGUAUUAUAUAGAAAUAAAAAAAUGGGGGAAGUCCAUGAAUCAGCACUCUUUCUCAAAGUCCCAUUACUACCUUUUUAAAGGUGGAGUUUUGGGAAAAGAGAGUACUUUCCUUUUACGUUCCCCUCUGAAUCUCUACCACUUUCUUCUCUUGUCUCUCCAGCCCUUUACGUAAAUGAAAACGUUUGCAAAAUGAAAAAAAUAAAUAAACAAAUGGUUGAUGAUAUUCUAAUAUAAAAACUUAGCUCUAACACAUUUUGAGUAGUAUGAGGAAACAGACCAGAUAUGACCAAAAUACUGUGGAUUAAUGGACUGUAGUGCAGGGCUCCUAGCAGAGCACAGUCCUUGAUAGUAGGUCACAUCUUUUACUUCCUGGUACUCUCCAUCUUGGACAGACCAAGGCUUAGGAUUUUGUAGAUUUUUUUAGUAUGAUAAGUGAGAAUAGCAACAGAUAAAAAGUCUCACGACCCAUUUUUAUAUCUUCGAUGAUAACCUUAGAAAAAUUCUGCUCGUGGAAGCAGAUUGAACUGUCAUUUAUCCCCUCCUUAUAAUAAUGUUACCUUCAGACGCUGAACCACGUUCUUUCUUUUUUCUUUCUCUUUUCCUAUUUCUCUGGUCUCUCCUUUUCUUCUUCCCUCCCUCCCAUCCUUAUAUGCAUGUGUUACUGCAAAUCUCCAAUUCAAAUGGAGGUGUAUAUGCCUUUACUUAGCCAAUUUAAAAACGGGACUCAAAAUGGGAGAUGUGCUGCUGAAUAUGUGUUUCUUUUUCUUCAGUGCCAUACUUUGAUAGCUUCCAAUUUGUUCACUGAUAUAAAUGCAAAUUGGGAAAAUAAUUAAACCUGUAUGCUGUUGAUGCUGUCAGAUGUUUCUGUAGCUUGCUGCUUAGCAUAACUGAGGGAUGAGUAAUGGAAUAAGGAUAUGAUGUGUAAUUCCACUGUUGCUGUAGAUGGUGACAAUCUCAGUUCUGAUAUGUUGAUGUUUGAAAGCUAUUUAAUUGUAAAGAAAUGAGUCAUGUAGAGACACGAUGUGGAUAAAGCAUUUCUGGCAUUUCUCUCGCAGGUUCUAGAUUGACCAGUGUCUUGGACAUGAGAUUAUGCAUAUUUUUUAAGGGGCUGAUACUUUAGGUUGGCCUCACUGUGUUUUUCCUGAUCCUGUGGGAAAGAGAAUGGGAUCCCAGAAGUUUGACUUGUUUUUCUUUUAGAAUCUGUCUCUGCAGGAAAGAAAAGUCAUUUUAAUAAAAACCAAAAUAAUUUAUAAUAAUUGUUGCCUUUCCCUCCCCAUCCUCUCCACUAAGCCAGCAACUAAAUGUAUUCAGAAAACAAGUUAAUCAAGGAGGGCAGAAGAAUUUUUUUUAAACUGUAAGGAAAUGUUCCUAAGUUUAGAUUUAUUACCUGUCAUUUAGGGCAAAAAUCCAGUGUCCCCAGCACAUGAUGACCCAACUUUGUCUCACAGUUGCAAGUGUGUUGAAAAUAAAGUUGCUUUAUGAACUUAGAGGAAAUGGCUGUGUUAGAUUGGACUGACUUAGUUGCAAAAUACCUCUUAGGGUCACACUUGUAUUAUUCCCUAGGGUUUAGCCUUCUCUAUAUACCCUUGGCCAGACUCAGAAGGGGAUUAAAAAGCUCUGGUCUUGGCCUCUUUCUUCCUUGUUGCUCCUCCCAGCCUUUCCGUAACUUACCCAUCCACAGCCCAUCAGCAGGAACACAUGAGAAUGUGGGACUUUGUUUCUUUUUUUCUUAGUUGUAUGAAUUCCAGAUUAGGCCUUAUGGAUGCUUGUCUACUAAUAUAUCUGAAGUUAGAAAACAAUCCCUGACAAUAUUGUAGGUGCAAUAAAUAUUAGUCAAAUAAACAUUUAAGUACCAAGGUGGGGCGGUGGUGGUCGGGGGGAGCUUUUUUUGAUUAAACAGAAAUUCCUUCAAGUAGAACUUGAGAAAGGACACUAAUUACAGUCAUCUUAACCCAGGCCAGGACCUAAAUUUAUUGGUUUGCCUAACAGUCUUAUUGUCAUGGCAAUAUUUGCUAAAAUGAGCCUUCUUUAGAUAAAAUUGAACUCUCAUUUAGUGGUGGAUGAAAAAAGAGAAAUUGCUUUAUCAUAGUUUAAUUUGGCUUGGUCUACUAAGACUACCAGGGUUCAUGUAUUCCUCCAUUUUUGGUGUGAUCUUUUUCUUCAUUCAAUAAAGUUAUUAAAUAUAUGGCAAAACUUUUUUCAGUUUCCAAUGAAAAUGCAUGAUACUCAUGUCGUGGAGUCAGGCUUGGGAAAAUCUAUGAAAUAGUAGUUUGCUGAUAAUGAUAUUUUCUUAUGGCUUUGUAUAGACUACAUCCUCAAAGGAUUUUGUGCUUCUUUGCCCAUAGAAGGCUUUUUCUCCCUUUGUAUGCUUUUAUUAAAUCUGUUGAAUUAUAUUAAUAUUUUUUGAAUUUACAAGGCCAUUUAUCUUUUUGGUGGAUUACUUAGAUUAGGCCAUGGGCUCUUCCUGGCCUUUCUUUUUCUCGGUCUUUUAAUCAUUUCACGUUUUUAUCUCUCCCUGAGUAAAGUGGCAAGAAAACUAAAAAUGAAAGUUAAAUGGGUUGAUUUGAUAAUGUGUCAAGUUCUGAUUUAGAGUUUAUAAGGAAGGUAGAAACGAUUGGCCAAAAUAAGAUAUUUGGAUGAGGAUUAUUUAAGCCGUUUAGGUUUGGCCAGAGACGCCAGAUUUAGCAAAGGACUGGGUUCUUAUCUUCUUUCAUUCAUGAAUAUAUGCCUUGGGAGGACACUGGUGAUUCCCACAGAAUUAGGCCAAUGAUUUGCCACAUUACAUUUUAAGCUAGCCCAUAAUUCCACCAGAUCCCGCACCAAGUUUCAGUUCAUGACUCAUACUGAAUAAAUAUCAGUUGUAAAUGAUUUUGAAUUGGUCUUCCUACUAAAGUGAAACAUCUUCUUUUAAACCAAGCCACAUGAAUGAAAUAGCACAAUCAGAAAAAAAUGUUUCUUUUUUUCUUUUUUUUUUUUUUUUUUGCAUAUCAAACCAAUGGCCUUCUCCACUAAGCCAGCAACUAAAGGUAUUCAGAAAACAAGUUAAUCAAGGUGGGCAGGACUUUCUGAACUGUGAGGAAAUGUUCCUAAGUGUAGAUUUAUUACCUGUCAUUUAGGGCAAAAAUCUAAUGUCUUUUUUAUUUCUUAAUCCUGUAGAACUCUGUAUUUCAUAGUAACGAGUACUUAGGGAUCAUUGCUCUAUUAGCCUCUGGGAGAGAUCUUCUAGAGUUUGCCAUUCCUUUUUUCCCAUAAUUUUGUUGUUGUUGUUGUUGUUUUAACUGCAACUGGUUACUUUUCUCAACCAUGGUCCUGACAUGUUUAUACUAUGAUACUUUUGAGACUUCGCUAAAGAAUUAAAAGCUGUGAAACAACA